AGAUUCUUUCUCCUUCUGUGACACUGAAACCUGACCCUGGAUGUUGGAGACAGGGUGGGAAGGCGCCUGCAGCGCCCCCACACCCCGGCUCCCUCCCUCCCUCUCCCAGCUGCUGGGAGGGAAGCCGGACAGAGGCGAGCGUCUCCCAGUCGGGAGCUGCUCCUCGCGUGCCUCUCCGAGUCCCCGCUGAGCUGCUGGGGCCCUCGGAAUGCACGAGGCCUCCCGCCCAGAGCUUGAGGCGCCCUGCCCAGGGGCAGCGCCAGAGACAGGAACGGGGCCCCUCAGCGGCUGUCUGCGCUCCGCUCCCGCCUAAGUGCCCCGACCCGGGCCGCGUCCCCUCCCACCCCCACCAGGAAGGGGCUUCCCGCCCUGGGGGCUCGCAGGAGCUUUGAUGACAGAAGCAAUGGAAGACGACGGGAGGCUGUCCCUGGAGGAGUUCCAGCUCUUCUUUGCAGAUGGCGUCCUCAACGAGAAGGAGCUGGAGGACCUCUUCCACACCAUCGACUCGGACAACACCAACCACGUGGACACCAAGGAGCUGUGUGAUUACUUUGUGGACCACAUGGGGGACUAUGAGGACGUCUUGGCCUCCCUGGAGACCUUGAACCACUCUGUCCUGAAGGCCAUGGGCUACACCAAGAAGGUGUACGAGGGCGGGACCAACGUGGACCAGUUUGUGACGCGCUUCCUCCUGAAGGAGACGGCCAGCCAGAUCCAGUCGCUGCUGAGCUCCGUGGAGAGCGCGGUGGAGGCCAUCGAGGAGCAGACCAGCCAGAUCCGACACAACUACAGCAGACCCAGCCGUGAUGCAGCAGAGACCUGGUGCAGACGCCCUGCUCCCCCCUAUGCCCCCAACCACAAGUUCAUGGCCACAGAACCGGGGAGGACUCUUCCACCUGCCCCUGUGGACGCCAAGGAUGACAGCCUGGACGCCCAGGUCAGCCGCUUGGCAGAGCUGAUAGGACGGCUGGAGAGCAAGACCCUCUGGUUUGACCUGCAGCAGCGCCUGUCGGAUGAAGAAGGGACUAACAUGCACCUGCAGCUGGUCCGCCAGGAGAUGGCCGUGUGCCCAGAUCAGCUGGACGAGUUUCUGGACUCCCUGCGACCGUACCUGCGGGGCACUGCCGGGGCCGGGAACUGCUUCCACAUCACAGCCGUGAGGCUCUCGGAUGGCUUCACGUUCGUCGUGUAUGAGUUCUGGGAGACGGAGGAGGCGUGGAAGAGGCACCUGCAGAGCCCUGUGUGCAAGGCAUUCCGGCAUGUGAAGGUGGACACAUUGAGCCAGCCCGAGGCCCUCUCCAGGAUCUCAGUGCCAGCUGCGUGGUGCACGGUGGGCCGAGACUGAGCACCAACCUGAAGCCCUGCUGUCCAAGGCCUUGCAGGCCUCGGCCUCUUCAAAAAGAGGUCCAGUUUCUAGAAACUUUGGUAUACAACUGUGUUUUCAAAAUACUCCCAAAUAAGAAUGUGUCCUCCUGCUGUGUGACUAAAGGGGAACCCUCACACCCCAGGAGCCAGAGACCCACUCUCCAGCACACCUCUAAUGCAUGCUGCAGUCCCCUAGUGGUAGAAACAGUCGACGGGCAGAAAUAAAGUGUAACACAGUCUGUGUGUGUGUGGUGCGAGCGCCACCCCUUGCCCCGCCCCAACCCACGCCACCAAGCCUGACCCUUAAUACCCUAUCUCGACCCUCCCACCCACAGCAGCCUGGCUGUGACCUACCUCAAGGGAGGGUCCUCAGACAUCAGCUCCUCCUGGCUGCGGCAUCACUUCUUUGGGG